AUGUGCGUUUAUUGUCAUUGUUGUUAUCGUAGUCUGCGGCUAUUUUUGUCACCCGAGACGGCAACAACGUUUAAUGGCAUUCUCCAACGUUCCUUUCGGGCACUUAACAGAAAGCACCACAUCUCACUUCCCACAACCUAGCCUGCGUAGCUGGCGGUAUUGUGUAGUAGUCGAGUGAGAUUAGGCGGCGGAGCCGUUGUAACAUACUCGUACCGGUUAACAAUCCCUUCCAACAGCCCCCACCAGGGUACACAGCAAGUGCAACACCACUGCAGUACACAUUAACAACAAGCAAUGGAUCCGACGGAAUGAAUGCCACUCCAAAAGCCUCUGUUACUUCCCCACAUCAUCAAUGAAGUUUGCCUGUCUUGUGAUCACCCGAUGGAAUACGACUCAGUUUAUGACGGUUUAUUACGACGGCGUCCUAAUUUACUUACUAGGGACUUAAGAACCGAGGACGGCGACGGCGACGGCAACGGCGACGAAAACGUCGCUUAAAAAGUGCAUUAGCAUUUUUUCGAUCUUCAUCUCAAUUAUUUCAUUUCACUUUCUUUGUCAAAUGUUGGCGAAAUCUACUGGAGUUGAAUUCCUAAGGAACAUAUCUAAAGGCCUUAAAGAGAAGAAAAAUUUGGCGUCCACGCCGUAAAGAGAAGGAAAAUUUGACCGUAGCUUAAUCAUGUCGUGGUGGUGCGGUGACGACAAAAAAAAUGUACAAAAAAGUGUGCUGUACGUGCAAAGCUGUUGUCAGGUAGUGUUGUAGUCUGCAUAGCAAGCGUUUCCACGCGAGUUUGUCGAGAAACUUAGGGCAAGAGCAAAAAACAGGGUUCAUACUCUUUUGAACUCUUCAAAUUCAUGACUUUUAAUGACUUUUUCCAUGAACUUUCCAAGUUUUCGAUGACCUUAUGUUUAGCUGCCACGUUAAAUAUUUCUCAACACCACCAACAACGACGAACUUUAUUUGCAUGACCAUAAAAGCACAUACAGUAUUGCAAAAGCUAUGUUUAGGAAUCAAAAUUACAACACAGGGCAAUUACGUUACUUUGAUAAUAAUUUGUUACGAACAUCAAAACAAGCUGAAAUAUGUUUUAUGAAUUGUAUAUUGAUAAAAUAAUAAGAAGAGUUCAUCAGUUCAUUGAUCAAACCGUUUAUAGGUAACUGGGUAAUAUCUGGAAUCAGAGUCUUGACUUUAUCGUAAAAUUUAUUCCUAAUCAUAGAGUAUGUAGGACACUGGAAAAGAAAGUGAACUUCGUCUUCUAUUACAUUGCAUCUACAAAAAGGGCAAUGCCUAUCAUCCUUCGUAGGUUGAUUGUAGCUGCCUAUUUCUAUCAUUAGUUUGUGAUUUCUUAUUCGUAGUUUUACUAAAGCCCUUCUCCCAGCUGUUCCUCUUGUUAAGUCUAAGUAACUAGAGAAGGUAUGAUCGGUUUUAAAAGAUCUAUAAAAUUCAAGUUUUUGAGAAUGUUGAAGGGUGUUUUGCCAAUAUGAGAUAUAUUCCUGUUUCAUUGAACUUACAUAGCUUUUUACCAUAGCUGUAUCUAAUAAAUCAGGGUUAAAGUCAGAAAGCUUAAAGUAUUCUGACAUAUUCAUUAAAUGAGAGUGGAAGCUAUUUUUGCCAUUAUAGUGUAAGUCGAAUGACAAUAAAAAUGCUUGUUUUGUGCUCUACAAGCUAUAUUACAGGCUUUGUUGUUUACCUCCGAGUAUCGCUUACAAAAUUGAAGGUGUGCCUUCUAGAUUUGUGAGCCUUCCCUGGUCUUAAAAUCUCGUUUGGGAUACACACGCCAAAUUUCACUGUUAUAUGUUAGAAUAGGGGAGAUCAUAGUAUCAAAUAUUUUAUAGGCGAGAGCUGCUUUUAGUUUGCUAAGAUUCGUGUGUCGUCUCAAGCUUAAGAGGGCAUGAAGAGCUUUCUCCUUGCGAUGUUCACGUGACACUGAAAAAUUUCCCGAUGAGGACAUUCGAGUUCCUAAGUAAGUGUACUCUUGUACAACAUCAAUUAUUUGACUAUCUAUGAGAAAGUGAAAAUCAGCAUUUUUUCUCGCACGUUUCUGAAAAACCAUAAUUCUUGUUUUCAUGGGAUUGAUUUUCAUCAUCCAUGAAGUACAGAAUUGAAUGAAGAUAGUUUAUCGAGGCAAUUUUGUAGUCCUGUUUUGGAUCGUGAUAAAAUGAUUAAAUCGUCUGCAUAUAAUCGAAAAUUUAGUUUUGCACCGUUUGGCAAAACAAAACGAUCAGAUAAUGUAUUUUCAGAUGCGAAAGGUAGGUCGUUAAUGUAAAGAUUAAAAAGCAGUGGACUUAAGAUACAGCCUUGCCGCACACCUCUCGCAUAACGGAAUGAUCGCGUUUGUUUUGGGGCAAUUUUAAUCGAGCAGGAAGAGUUGUGAUAUAAGUUUUUAAUUAAGUUAUAAAAAGAACCACCUACAUCAAUUUGCAGCAGCUUAUUCAAGAGCCCGUCAUGCCAGACCGAGUCAAAAGCGUCUUUGAAAUCUACAAAACAAGCAUAGAUCUUUUCGUUGUGAUUAUGAACGUACUUAUCUAUCAAGGUUCGGAGAGUGAAGACGUGGUCUGCUGUGUGGUUAUCCGGUAAAAAGCCAAUUUGAGAUUUGUGGAGUAUAUUCAAAGAAACGAUAUACUUGAAAAGUCGUUGGCUUAAGAUGGAACAAAAUAGUUUUCCCAGGCAGCUGGAGACACAGAUACGCCGGUAGUUUGCCUGAUCGCUUCGUCCGCCCGAUUUAUAAAUGGGAGUAACAAGACCACCACACCAAGUCUGUGGCAUGGUCCCUUGGUUAAGAAUUGAAUUAAAUAGUUUUUCAUAUACGGGCAUCAGUGUAUCAAUACUAGCUUUUAUCAUUUCAUUUCUAAUUUUAUCCGAAAAUGGUGAUUUAUUAUUCUUUAACUUUUUUGCAGCUUUACGUAUUUCUCUUUCAGUUAUCAUGAAAUCUAAAGGACGAGAGUGUUAACCAUGGCAUUCAUUUUGUCGUAGCUCAUUGCAAAUGUUUUGCUGCGCUGGGUUAAGAGGUUCAUUUGAAUGAAGAUUGUGGAAAUAUUGUAGCCAAUUUUCUUCCGAGAUUGAUAGAACAUCCUCUCCUUUUCUAGUGUCGUCUGUCGAUUUGAGGCAUUGCCAGAAAGUUUUCGCGUCUGAAUUGUCUCCAGUUUUUUCUAGCUCAGAAAUCUAGGCAUUGUAAUAAUCAUUCUGUUUAGAAUUAAGUAAUUUCUUGUAUUGGGCCAGAGUAUCAUGGUAUUGCUCACGUUUGACAUAGUAUUCAAAGGGUCUUGAUGAUUCUUGUCUGCUAGUUUUCGUAAUUCAUGCCUUUUCAAACGACUGUUUAAUUCGUUAUCAAAACUAUUUCUCUGGGUUGGGCAAAGAGAGAAUUCUGAUUGGUCGUUUGUAAUGAGGUUAUUUCCCGCUUUACAAACACUGUCUGAAUACUUUCCUGUUCUAGCGUUCAAGUCACCCAUAAGGAGAAUUGAGCCUUGGGAAGAAAAUAUUUCGAUGUCAUUUUCAAGUUCUUCAAAUAAUUCUACUUGAAAUACGGUGAAUUACAUGGAGGUAUAUAAAGGCCACACGUAUAGAUAUCUUUGACGGUUUUGGCAUAGUCUUUGUCAAUCUUGAACCAUAGGAAAUUGCAGGUCUUUUUGACAAUUGAAAUCCAGUCAUGAAAUGCAUUUUUAAAGUAAGACUAUUCCGCGGGAAUCCCAACCGCCUUUUCGCGAUUUAGUAGCAUCCCGAGUCACAGAUCUAAAUCCCCUCACUUCAACAACAUUCGAACGCGUCUCAAAAUUUUCCUUGUUUUAGCGUAUUUUUUUGCCCUAACUCAGCACAACAGACAAACUCUGGUGUCCACUAAAAUGCGUACCAUUUGCAAUGUUUAAUCACUCGUCUCUAUCUUACAUUGUCCUUGCUUUAAUAUCUGCAGUGACUAAUCUCCCAAACAUAGCCUUAAUUUUCCAUGCCUUUCUUAAAUUUCGUGACUUCCCAGAGAAAACUGGUACCGAGAGCGUACUAGUCGGGCGUGUUCUCGAUCACUCUGGGCUUCUUACUAAAUUUCUUCUAAAUCUUUUAACUUUUACUCAACUAUGACCGGAACUGAGAAACUAAGAAAAGAAAACCAAGCGUUAGGAAAAGAAAUUCAACAUCUAAAGAAUCAACUGAAGAAAAUCACUGACGUUCAAUUAGUCAAACAUGUCAAAAAACAAAAAUCUUGCUUAUUAGUUUCUACUUUUACAAUUUAUUUGUUUAAUUCUGUGUUUCUUUAGUGUGUAAUUUUAUUUGUUUAUUAAUAAAGUUUUGUUGUCGUUGUUGUUGGUUUUCCAUGACCUGUAGGAACCCUGAAAAAAGGAAUGACGGGGGAGGGGAGGGGAGAGAAGGUUUCCUUUUCUCCCUCCCCUUCGCCUUUCCAUUUGCUUUUAGCUCCCGCUCUACCUUUCGCGCAAUAACUCGAUUGAAAACGCUUGCUACGCAGGCUAGUAGUGUUGUUGUUAGAUAGGGCUUCUGUUCACACAUGGAACGAUGAUUUCGGCGCGAUUUCCGUAACGGUGCGAAGCAGCGCCGCGCCGAUCUCUUAAGUGGAGACUGACAUAUCGGAUAGGUAUUUAUAAUUUCCCGGAUAGCUUUUCGUGUCGGCACGAAAACCGAGCUAUCCGGUAAAGUACGAAGAUGUCCUUAAGGUCACUGGUAUACGAACAGGCGCCCCCCCCGGGGGUACUUCCUUAUAAGAGGCUAGUGGGGAUGUGCCGCUGGAUGGGGUCGCAUUUUCACGACUGGAUUGACUAUAAUGGGGUUGCAUUUUCAAGAGAGUAAAUAGAAUAGGGUCGCACAUUUUCCGAUUUUUGGGGUAAGAAAGUUCUUUACAUUAAAGGUUAGUAAAAGUAACUCAAUCUUUCUACUGUACGUAAAAAGUAAAGUCUUCAGUCAUUUUAAAAAAAAGUGGGUCAAUUCUUUUUAGGAUGAGCUAUUUAAAAGAUUGAUAAGGUAGAUGCAUAAAUAGAAAGUGACUAAGUGGGCAUCGCGAAAAUUACAUUUGCCCAGAAGUGACUACAAUGGGAUCUACACGGGCUCUGAGAGGCUAGCGGCACAUACACAGCAAAAAUUAAUCUAAGUACCCUCUCCCUGGGGGUACGCAAUAAGAGAAACAUGUAAUGUCAAAAAUACAUUCUUUAAGUGAGAAAUAAAAGUGAUUUCCUCGUUCUUUGAAAAAAAGAAAAACAGGCGUGCCACGCUUGAGUUAAUUCCGCAUACCGCGUAGCCACUGUUUUUCAGUCACGUAGUCAAUGUGGCAGGGUAUUCUGCGGUUACUCUACAGCCAAGAAAGAAAGUUGUAAAAAAGCGAAACGAAUUCAGUCAGCUGACCAGUGACUGUAAAAUAGUCGUAGGCCUACAUUUUACCCUCUGCGGAGAAUUUUGUGAAACAAGCAUUUUUUUGACCCCAGAGACUGAAGAUGCAAUAUAGUGUAAAUGUACAUCACGGUCGACCCAAGGAGCCUCGCGAGAGAGUUAUGACGUCACAAGUGGUGCAAAGAUUUGUGGUUAAAAUUAGUCAAGUCAAGACCUCUUACGUCUCACUAUCACUCACUUCCUUAAAUUUCUGAUAGCGCUGGUUAAAUUUUAUGCAAGUUCAAUAAAGGUAAUAAAUCAAUUGAAAAUUCUGCAGUACAGCUUUCGCAUAAUAUUAAAUCAAUCAAAGGUUCAGGUUACACUGGAUCCGAAAAGAGUGACCCUAUUUUAACAAUGAAUUAUCUUGGCAACGUCAUAGGGUUUACCGAUCAUUUAUCGCUUAUUGAGGCCAUUAUUAAGUCUAGUAAGUGGUUUAUAUUUCUGUAAGUAAGUAAGGCGGAUACAGGAGGCUCUGACGUCAGAAAAAGCCUAUAAAAUUUACAUAUUUUUCUGUGGUAAAAGCGUCUGAGGCAACAUUUCAUCACGCGAAGUCGAGAACCGAGAACUCGCAAAUCUAAAGGAUGGCAAUACUAAGAGUUGGUAUGAUGCUCUGUUUAUCUUACAAGAAAAAUAUCAUAUUGUGCACGUUGAUUGUUUUGGGGGCAUUUAUUUCUGGCGUGAAGUGCAUUGGUCAAUCCUGUUCCGGCUCGAGCGAUUGCAGAUAUUCGGAAAAGUGUUGCAGACAGACUUCAGUCGGGAUUUGUCGCUUGGAAACAACAACUUGCCUCGGUGAUUACUGCUCUUCCAACACUCAGUGUCCGAGUAACUCAGUAUGCUGUCAUUCCAGAUGCGUUCAAGGCAACAAUUGCAUCGGUCGCUCCUGCGUGCUGCAGUCGGGAUGUGGUUUCGAUGAGUCAUGCUGUAAUGAUGUGUGUGUUCAAGGGAAAGAUUGUAGUGGUCAAGGCUGUACUGAUAACUUUGACUGCUCUGGUGGUCAAGUUUGCUGUGGUAAGAAGUGUAAAAAUGGCACGAAAUGCAAUCUGAACAUCAUCAUAGCUGUUACCGCAGCAUGUGCAUUUAUUGGCCUUGUUGCUAUCGUAGUCUUGGGCUAUAUUUAUCACCGGAGACGGCAACAACGUUUAAUGGCUUUCUCCAACGUUCCUUUCGGGCCCUUGACAGAAAGCACCACAUCUCACCUCCCGCAACCGGUCAACAAUCCCUUCCAACAGCCCCCACCAGAGUACACAGCAAGUGUAACACCACCGCAGUACACAUUAACAUCAAGCAAUGGAUCCGGCGGAAUGAAUGCCACUCCAAAAGCCUCUGUUACUUCCCCAGAUCAUCAAUGAA